GACUGGCUGGGGGGGCAUUCAACCUUAUGCCUACGGGAAGGCGUCAGAGGUAACUCUUCAGCCGCCAUUUUAACGUCAACAUGUGUGUCUGCAGUGUAUCCACACACCUGUUAACACAGUUAAACAUCCCUUUUAGCAUCCUAUUAUGAUGUACUGUAGCGCUCCUGUAAAAUAUUUGUAAAUUAUUUGCAGACAUGCAGAUUUUGGGUCACUUCAUAGGGUUUUUGCUUUGCCCUUGUGUGACCCACGCUAUAGAAAGGCACUUUUUCUUCAUGUAUAAUGAAUGGGAGUUUUCUUCCACAAAGCGGUCAUGAUGGUACACUAUAUGAACAUAAGUAUUUGGACACGGGGCCAUUACACUUACAGCAAGGGAAAAUGGAAGGAAAUAUGGAGCUGUGACUCUUCUGGGAAGACUUUCUAGACGAUUUUGGAGUGUGUCCAUUCAGCCAGAAGACAAUUUGUGAUGUCAGAUGUCACUGAAGGGGUUCUUCCACACCAAACUCAUCCAAGGAUACCUUGUUUUGUACACUAGGAACAGAAGAAGAAGAACAUUUCCCGAAGCAUUCCCACCGAGUUGCAACUCUUGAAUUGUCUACAAAUGCUGGAGAAUUGAUGAAAAAUUCAGGGACCUGUCCUUGGUUAAUUUAGAAGUCUAUCUCAUUACUUUUGUCCAUGAAACAUACAAACUGCGUGAGUUCUAUCUUGUGGAACCAAUUAAUGACUCAAAUGCAGGAAAACAGCAAACUAAAUGCACCAAAGUUUAAUCUAAAAUACUGUAGGACUGUUCAUAAAUGCCUAAUGGACCGGAAUAAAAACCACAAAAUGGGUGGCAUGUGGCCCACAUGCCAAACUUUGACCACCCCUAAGAUUUAUUGGUGCUGCCCGUAUGUAACUACCUAAUUCUGGUGAGGAGAAAAUAGACAAACAAACCUCUCAGCUUUUGGUGCAUAGGUUUCUAAUAAAGCCACUUUCUCUCUCGUAUGACGACUUUCUAUCUUGUGAUCCUACUGCGAUAAAGCUGCAAUUUACCUAAUUAAGUAUGGCCGUUUGUCAUGUUAAUAUUGAUAUACAUACCUGUCUUUUCUACCAGAUAUUUACUUCAUUGGGUGCAAUUGUUGUGAUCCAAAGCACGAGCUGUUCAGUUUAACAUUCUCAUAUUGCUGAGGUUUGAUGGACAGGUAAAACAUCUUUUUCAUUUAAUCUAUUUUUGUAUCAAACCAAGCAUUAUCUUUGUAAAGGCAGCUCCUGUAUUGGAUCUCAUGAGAUCACGGGGUGUCCAAACCUUUUCCAUCAGUGGCCUACAUACUGAUUAAUUGAAGGAUGUGGGAGCCACUUUGAGAUAUUUAUCACCUUUUCUUGAAUAAACAAAGUAUGUAUGGGGGGGAAAAAAUUAAUUACAUAUUUUACAAAUCUUUCAGAAAUGUGUUAGUAAAAAUACAUUACUAAUGUCAUUGUUGCAAAUAAACUGAAACAACAAAAAGGUCCUUCUUCAAAAACAGUAGAAAAACGUAUUAUUUUCUGAAACUAAUUUUUCUAUUCUGUGAUGCAAGUAAAUAUAUAUUUCAUAAUUGUGACUUUACAGUAUAUAUAAAUGAUCAUAAACUGAUAAUUUAUUUUAUAUCUGUAUAAUUUGACAUCAAAGUAUUUUGGUAAAACAGUAAAUUUAAAAAAAUCACAGAUGAUAUUUUAGCAUUAAAAUUCUCAUAUUAUUUGAGUAUCCAUUACACGCAGACUCUGCUUAGACGCUCACUGGAGGAUGCAAAAAUCUAUUCAAUUUUGUCUUAAAAAAUAAGGGACCUUAGCUUAGGAAACUUGUUUUGAUCAAGCUGCUGCGCCUCCCCUGAAGUGUUCUGGCCUCACACCUGUAAAACCCCUGUACUAGGCUAUUGUAACUUUUUUUCCCCUUAAACCAGGGUUCAUUUUUGGCCUGCAGCUUGUGAUUUUGUUGGCCCUUGGCAUAUUGUAAAAUAAAAUUCAUUCAUUCAUGAGACCUAUUACUAUAUAGUACUUACUUUGCUUUGUCACCUAUACCACAGAGCUAAGACAUGGGUGUUCAGAUAGCUUAGCAUACCCACAUUGGCUUUAGCAUUGUUAAUGUACAAAAUGUAGCACCCCCACAUCCUUCAAUUUUUCUGUAUGCAACCCAUGGUAGAAAAAGUGUGGAAACCCCUGCCAUAAAUUUCCUUCCUAAUGUUCUGAUGUGGUCCGUCUUCAAUGUUAUUUUUAGAUGUAUGCAGCGGGCCAAUAAAAAAAAUGAGCUGCGAGCUCCAAAUGGCCCCUGGGCUGCAAUUUGGACACCUAAGCAUCAGAUUGCACAAGUGUACCGAAUGUGUAUUUUCUAGACUUUCAUUUAUUGGUAAAUUACCUUGUUGUGGAUGCACUUUUCUACAGAAUGUGCCAAAUCAUACAUUUUUCAAAAUUGUCCCUGAAAUAAAUUAAGAGCUUAAAAAACAACAAUGAUGCUUGCCUUUGAAAGUGUAAAGUUGAUAUAAUUGAGUGUGUUUUGUAGCAAGCUUCUUCCACUAACAUCCUCAGCAUCAGUGGGAGGAAGCAUCACAGUGAUUGAUGUGCUCACUAACCAUCGGCUGGCUAAUCCCGAUGAGUGACAGCAGCUUAAGCCAAUUGCUGUGAAGGCAAUUCCUACUCCUAUAGUAUCUUUUUAUUUUUGGAAACCAUAAAAACGCUCCUGACACGGAGAGGGACAACCUAGAGGCGGCAAAGCUAAUAAAACAAAUUGUGUCUCUUUGGCCUUAAAUCGACUGUUAAGUAAAGCUAGUCCUACGCUUUAAAUACACCGCUGUGCGUAUACAGUUUUGUUUUUUUUUACAUGUCGUGACCGAAGCGAUGCAAAUGUCACUCGAAUUAUCGGCUGCUGUGUAAAUUUUUAUGGCGUUAGAGUGACAAUUCGGCCACAUUUGUUGCCGUGGUAGCAGGCACUGGAUAACCAGCGCGGGCUCGCUUCAGGACGGGACAGCUCCUCCGCUUUUUCCACCUCCUCCUCCGCGGGAGCCCCGCUGAGCUCGCCGGGGAAACCCUCCGCCGAGCCGCGGCGUCAUCUCAUGGCUCCGGUGGUACCUAAUCGGACCAGCAGCAGCACUACUUCCACUACUACUAUGCCGGGCCACGAUGCGUGUCGUGUUUAACGUCUCUUCCAGCACCAGGGGAGCCAUCACACUGUGGCUACUCAACCCACAGCCAUGUGAGUCCCACGCAGGUUCAACAUGAAAGCAGUGUCUUUGCUGUGAAAAGGCAAACUUCAGCAAUCUGGUGAUAAGCACACACACACAUCUCUCCACCCUCUCGCCUGACAACAUGGCUAAUGCUGGGGACAUGGAGGCUGGAGCUUUGUCCGACUUGGAGGUCAUCUCCCAGCAGGUGGAUGAUGAGAACCAGUGCUUGGCUCCUCCGGUCCAGCUGGUGAGUUUCGGCUAUCGAGAUCUUCCACUCGCAGCUUUGGACCUCUCGCUGGCUGGCUCACAGCUCCUGUCCAAUGCGGAUGAGGAUGAAACCAGGGAAGGGUCCAACUGGCUGAAGCCGUGCUGUGGCCGUCGAGUGGCCCUGUGGCAGGUCUGUCUGCUGAGUGCUGGCUUCAACUGCGUCCUGGUGGCCUGCGUCAUCCUGGUGGUGCUCUUCCUCUCUCUGGAGCUGCUCAUCGACACCAAGCUCCUUCAAUUUGCCAACGCUUUCCAGUUCGCCAGCAUCAUCCACUGGAUCAGUCUUAUCAUCCUGUCACUUUUCUUUUCAGAGACUGUCUUCAGGAUCGUAGUACUCGGGAUCUGGGACUACAUAGAGAACAAAGUAGAGGUGUUUGAUGGCGCCGUCAUCGUCCUGUCCCUGGCCCCCAUGGUGGCCUCCACAGUGGCCAACGGGCCCAGCAGCCCCUGGGAUGCCAUCAGCCUCAUUAUCACCCUGCGCAUCUGGAGGGUGAAGAGGAUCAUCGAUGCUUACGUGCUCCAAGUCAAAGUGGAGAUGGAGCUGGAGAUCCAACAGUGCGAGAAGACCAAGGCUGUGAGAGAAGAGCAGCUGGAGCGGCUCACUCAGAUCUGCCAGGAACAAGCUUUUGAGAUCAGGCAGCUGAGGGCCCACCUGGCCCAGCAGGACCUGGACUUGGCAGCGGAGCGGGAAGCAGCCAUGCAGAUCCACCGUGUGUGGGCCAAGCAGGGCAGGAGUUUUCAGGUGGUGGAGGGCUUGACUCCUGGGGAGUCUGAUGAUGAGAGCGCUCAGAGGAACCCCAGGGAGCUGCACGGCACUGCAGAUCCAGUCGUAUGUGAUGACAUGAACAACUACAUCAGCCAGUACUACAGUGAAGCAAGCAGUGAUGCCAGGGCAUCUGGCCUAGGUACCCGGGUCAUCACCACAGCCGCCAUCGACGUCCACCUCCCCACCAAUCCCAUCCAGUCCAACUCCAUGCUCGCUAUGGAGCGCCUGGGCAGCGGCGUUAGCGACCCCUCCACCAGCAUGUCCCAGUCCACCGGAAGCCUGACCUCCCGUCCCCACACCCUGAGAAGCCACGCCAUGCGCUCCUCUAUGAUGGACUCCAGCAGCAGCACAGGCCAGGACUUGAGCCUGACCUACACCUCCCACCGCUGCUGCCCCCCUUCCUUCUCGGGUCAGGGACAGAACAUGGCGGUGCAAGACUUCCUCUCAUUUUCUGAGGACUCCUGCCUUGCUCAGAAGGGCCUGACAGUGGACCCAGUCAACCUUAAGCUCCCCAGUCCUACUGGUUCCGAAAAGGCCAGUCCCGAACUGGACCACAGAAUAAACAUGUUCAACCGCAGGAACCAAGAGGAGAGGCGGGGCCGAGGUGGGCGAGGGUGCGUUCUGCUACAAACAAAGCCUCUCAUUCACCUGCAGGGCGGUGCCGCAGAGCCCUCGCUGGAGGAGAAGUACUGUCUCUUGGGUCCAGCUGACACACCUCUCGGGCAUUUGUCUGACACAUAACAGAUUUGCAAAACAGAGUAUUUUCUUCUUGUACUGCCAACAUCUACAGGACAUCCUUGUGAGAGCAAGCUUAAGCUUGGCGGAUGACUCACCGGUUGGACCUAAUCUAUGACGUCCUCCGGUCCUCCAUGACGGACAUGGAGAUGACAGCACAUAGCACAACAAAUACAACAAAACUCCACCAAACCGGACUGUAGGGAUGGGCAUAACUUUUUGUGUAAAUGAUUUGUUGAUUGUUAAAAAUGCUGUAGAUUAUGUUGAGUCAAAAUUGGGUGCAACCAGCAGGGGUGCUGUUGAUUCCUUAUUGUCAAUGAGUUUGCUGUCUAAAGAAAUCAAACAUGAUAUCAGCUGCUUGGAAAGCUGUGGCAUAAUUCCCCCAUGCAGCAUUAUUCUACUAAAUGGCCUGGAAACAGGAGUUCACAACUUCACAGAGAGAUACAUUAGGUAUGUUUUAAAAGAGUCAGUCAAGGAAAUGCCCAUCCCUAGCGGACGUCAAUGGGUUUUUUUGAACACAUUCUUCAUCAGGAACCCUCAUUUAAAAGGCACUGAACUUUAUAUGAAUCAAAACCAGCAAAAGGGGCCCUUCGAGCCUUCAGUGAACUUCGGCGAUCAUUCAACAAAGAUGCUGUUCCUUAAACUUUUCAAAUUUCAAAGGGUUAUUUUGAAUGACAUUUUCUUAUCUUUUCAUAUACUUAACAUUGUAGACCAUGCUCCUUAUUUCUUACAAGAGACACAGGGUACACGACUGGAUUAAUACAUUUCUACUUACAACUCCUACUGGCUGGAUUCGGAAACCAUGAAGAUUUGUCGUAUAGGCUUUUUGUUGUUCUAAUUGAAUGAAAAGAGUAAUUCGGCUGUUUGAGUGGAAGGAAACAAAUGGUAAGUUGUUGGGUUUUUUCAAUAAGGAUGGAUUCUUUACUAAAACUGGAGUGUUUGUAGCAUGAUCCUUUAAAACGAUGAGCAAAUUCUUUGCACUUUAAUGUUUACAGACACUUUUGUAAACUUGAUAUACGGGGGUGUGUGGGAGGGUGGGGUCAUUGCCAGUGCAGGUGUUGUCAUUUGAUGAAAAAUAAUAACAAUAAAGAGUUAGUAUUUCCUUACCUCUCUCUGUUUAAUGAUUGCUAGGCACCCCGUGGAGCGCCCUAAUAUUUUGACUGUGAAUCGCGUUUGUGGCGCCCAAAUGUAAUCGCACGUAAGCACGAAAUAUACGACAAACAAAAUACUCAUGGUGUUACAGUGCAAGUGCAAACUUGAAUAGGCGCCUUGUACCCUCCGUAGUCGUGUGAAUAGAUUACCCCAGCCACUCCAUCUUACUUCAAAUCUUUAGGGGCACCCCGGGAGCAAUCAUAUCUACAGUGGUACCUCCGUUUUUGUUAUUAAUCUGUUCCAAAGGGUCUGUCGAAAACCAGACAGUAUGAAAACAGAGUACGUUUUUUGUUCAUAAGAAAUAAUGUCAAUUCCAGAGGUGGGCGGUGCCUCUGGUGCCUUUUUCACCAGACACUGUGAGAGCCACUAUCAAAAAAACACUACAAUACUGAUAGUAAUUACUGCAUGUGCUACGGUGGGCUUCCAACCACGGUCACCCGUGCAAAACGUAGACUUGUGGUGUAAAUGUGAUGUGUGAACUACAGAGGCAUGAUACGUGGGCAACAGACUAGUUUGUUAGACGCAAUGUUUGGUCGCAUUUAUCGAUAACCAGGACGUAUGACAGCCGAGGUACCAUUGGAGGCCUACUACUUUUCCGCUUUAUCUCUCAUGCUCACCGCUCAUCGCUUCAUUAGCACCGGCUUCCUAUUUGCAUGCAUUUUGAAGAAAUCUAAAUAAUUCAGAGGUUUUUCAGAUCAGAGGAUCUGUCACAACAAGCACUAAUUGGCCGAGUCAUCAUGACUGCGUAGCAAAAAGAUUCCACCGCCACUAAUUAGCCCCUCGUAUCAUUAAUUCACAAGAUAAACUGCUGUACCAAUUUGUUGCAUGUCAAGUGUUUACAAGUAUCCAUAUAGGCUUUUAACUGUUAAUUAAAAAAAUAUCAGUGUUGCAAUUAUGCUAUCAAAUUCAUAGACUGCUGGGAGGGUAUAAAGUGGAAUAAUUGGAAUGGAUGCUUACAAAACACUGACUGUGGAGUCUUUGCAUCACGGCUAAUCAUUCACACUGAAGAGUUGUAAUGUUCCAUAGGUUUCACUUGCCAGGUUUACUCUCCAUCACAAGGCAGAAAUGUGUCCAGCUGGGGCCUGAUUAUGGCAGAAGAUGGGAUAAUAAGUGGUUAAGUCAAUUACCCGUAUGAAUAUGCAAAUGCUUUCAAAUAAAGUUCAUUAAAAGCAGAUAGGGUUAGCAAUGCCCUGUUAGUUUUUUUUUCUUUGUGAAUGUUACAACAAUUUAGAUAUCUUUUUUAAUGCGAUAAUCAUCCAAGUGAACCAAGAAAAACAAUGUGUCAACAAUAGUUACUGAAUUAUACAAUUAUUCAAAUCUGUGAUAGAUAAUAACAAGUAACAAGUGAAUUUCCCCGCUGUGGGAUAAAUAAAGUACAAAUACAAAUACAAUACAAAUACAGAAAUACAUCAGGAAUGCUAAAAGUCUUUGGUAGGUACUCUUGUAGUAAAAAAAUAAAUGUGUAUCGUUUACAACAUCCAGACUGUUGCAUUCAGGCGUUAUGUUGUGUGUUCAAUCAGACACGGAUGUCUCCAUGCUUCAUGACGUCUUGAGAAUUUAAUACACAUUUGUUUAUAAUAAUACCAUCUUCUGUGACAAUACAAAAUAGCUAAAAGGAAAACUGUGCUUUUUUUUUGGAAUUUUGCCCAUCAUUCACAAUCCUUAUGUGAAACAUGAACACAUAUUUCUUUCCCUUUUCUGUGCGUUCUAACGAGCAAGUAUGAGCCAGCUAACAGUACGCGUCAUGGGAGGUACCUAUUAUGACGCUAAAGCCCGAACAAAAAGCCCUCAAAAAGCCACCAACAUUGUUCCAUUUACAUAAUGGACCUGUAUAACAAGAUGCUCAUUUGCUGUCAGCAUGUUUUACCUGAGAACUGGAGCACAAGUCUUGUGCUGGAAGACAAAUCAAGCAUUCAAAUACUUCCCUAAGCAUUUGUUUUGCGUUACAGAGAUGAUAUUAAUCACUUUCAUCAACAACUGACCUGUAAGAACAGAUAAAGGCAGAUAACAGCAGUGAGACACGAGCACUCGGUUCUUCGUCCAGAUUGUGUCUGGGGCGUUGGCGGAAGUCCACGCCCAAUACAAUCCUGGCACAACAGCUCCCGUGACAAAUGCUGCUCCCACUGCAUAAUAUACUUUUUUUUUUUCCAUGUUUUGUAGUAUACAUGAUGAAAAUACACAUUCUACACCUGUUGAAUCAAAUCAACCAAAAAUAUCUGCACCGUUUGUUUGUUUGUUUGACAUAUUGACAUAUGCUUCACUGCUCUCCAUUUUGUUGCAUUUGGCUGGUUUCAUUUUCGAGGUCAGUCUGUACUGUACAGAUAAAUAAAUAGAUAUUAUCAGCUUCUGUCCCCAUAAUAGCUUCUUCAUUAAAAUGAUACGGUUUCCCUUAUGAAAACUUCAUUUGAUGUCCCCAUACAACAAGAGGUGCCCACAUGGUGUCUUUGUAACUUUUUUUUGUCAUACAAUAAUAAACACACACACAAACACACACACACAAGUGUACCACACCUUUCCUAGGUCUCCAUCUUGCAGCGACCUCCUCUUCCGCCUUGUCUCCUGUGGGCCCCGUGCAAGCUCAAGCAGUUCAAGUCAAAGAGAAGUGAACUUUGGCCUGUGAUGUCACACCGACCAAGCGGUUCAGUCAAAGGCGAGCCUUAAUAAUUCACAUGAACCCAAUUUGUCAAUACGCAUCCGAGGUGAACGUGAGAGUUAAGCGUUGAUGUUUGACAGGCCGAGACCCGAGCACAUCUCCACGAGUUGCUAAAUGGCUUUUGGGACGUCUCGGAUGCGUCGAGAGCGCCCCUCGCUGUCACCCUGACGGUAAGCUAAGUGAACUAACAGUGACCAUUAGGCGCUUAAUUAUUGACAUGUUUUAAUAAUGGCACACAGGGAGACACUUUAACGACAUUAACAUUACAUGAUCAUUGUUUUCAUUCUCAUUAACGGAGAGAGAUAGGAUCACAGCGUCUCACUUCCUGGAGAUAAAACUUCAUUCCUCACUUUGCUUAACAGCCAAACUCCUCCUAGAAACACUUGAAAGUGUCGUUACUUCAGCUUCAGUCAUUCAUUCAUUCAUCAUAACCUAACAGAGACUAUUGAAAGAAAUCAUCCUCAGGACUAAUAUAUUGCCUUGAACGCGAUCACGUAUGUUUUUUUCUUGCAUUUUUAUGAGCUUCUGUUACAUUUUCCUUUCUCUCCAGAGUGAGGGUAAUGUCAGCAAAAUAGGGGCAAAUGUAAUUCUCCUAAAAAUGAAAAUAACACGACAUGAGAACAAAUGAUAAACUGAUAUGCACCGUCUACAUGGAUCUUUCAGACUAUUUUUCAGUCAUUUUAAGCAAAUUUACAGUAUAUCACCCGGUUAUAUUUUGUAAUGGUUACCAUAUAAUAAUAAUAAUAAUGAUAAUAAUAAUAAUGGUUGUUAUGCUAUUGUUUUCCAAAAAAACAGACUAAAUGGUAAUGCACAUUAUUCUUCUCUCAUGAAGAUGUCAUAUUAUUGCUAUUUACGCUCAUCCCACAACAUAUGACGUAGUUUUGCAAGCUGUUAUCAAGGCCAAUGGAGGCUUCUUAAAAAUUGUGUGGAAAAAGGACUAUUUGGGUGUUUCAUCUUAUUUGACAGAUAAGUAACAAGCACAUUUUUAGUUUUAAUCACGUUUUUGAAAGAUUUCUACUAGUGUUCUCAUUUUUAUGACAGAUCUGGUCUAACAAAUGUGUUACAUCAGCUUUACAGAUGCCAUGUAAGUUGUGGGAAUGGGAACGAGGUGGAUGAAACAACUAGCAAUGAACUCAUUCAAUACCAAACGUUUUUAUGUCUUUUUUUUUGUGCGAGAGGGAAAAAGAGGAGAUGAUGCAACUCUGCACUAAUGCGUUAACAUUUCAGAGCACUUUCAAGCCAUGAAAACGGCCAAAUGCAUUUGGUAAGAGGUCGGCAGGGAUCAUUCAAUGGGACAAUCACACAUGGCAGGAAGGAGGAAGUGGGAGAGCAGGGAGGAGUGUAGCGUGCAGAAGGUUGAGCACUGUAGGGAAAUUUUAACACACGCACGUGCACACACGUUCAGCUCCAAAUGUGAAAAUUGUAAAUAGUUCAUGGUGUUAUAUUUUGUACAUAAAUAGUUAUUUUGAUGUAAAACAACCACUUUUUGUGUUAUGUUGGUAUAGUGUUGGUAUGGUAUAGUAGAUAUUCGAGCUGUCACAAAAGCAAAAAAAAAAAUGUAAAAAGUGAAAGUUAUCUUGAAAUGUAUGUUUUCACAAAAAGCUGUUUUUCUCCCUUUUUUAGUCUGGAACUGAUAUUUUCCUGAAACUUACCUAUUUUCUAUUGCUGGUUACUAAAGAACAGAAAAAGGUAGAAACAAACUUUUUCUUUCUGAUGAAGGACGGGAGUCUAAUGUUUCUUUUGGUAGGUUCCAUGUUUCUAUAGCCGUAGAACACAAUAUUCUGUGUGCCUUGAAAGAUCGCUCAAAAUGGUCUAAAAUGGCCGGUGCUGGAGGGGUUGUCUUUUGAAAAAUGGCAGGGAUUGAAUGAGUUAAGAGGGCUAUGGUGUCUGUUUGUGGGGAUACGGUAUCAAAAUCUGCAUAAAAGUGCCGUUUCUAAUAUUUUGCCACUCUUGUGUCGCUCGUUACCACGAGGACUAGAAGCCGCUCAGUGAGAUGCACUGCAGUUCUACACAACUGUGAUGCAAUUCUGCAAAGUUUCCAGCAGAGCCUCCUGUCUGUAGCGUGAAUGAAAAUAUUUCUACCCAACGUUAAAAUCAUGUGAUUUCAUUUCGGAGAGCACGGUGGAGAUUGAGGGUGCGCCACUAAACAGCUGGGUGGACCUCAUUGCGAACAAACAGAGUGACAGAUUGAGAACGCGUCUCACACAGGGCGCCGUGCUCCGAAGCUGGAGGAAAAUACGGAUAAAUUAUACAUUGCUCUUUAAAAAGCUUCUCAGGUUCUCCUUUUCAGACAUACGUCUUAAGUGCACGGGGCUCCCAACAAGUUUGAAGACAUCCACUCAGGAGACUGUUGUCAUGGCUACAGCACUAGCUUUUACAUAAAGCCUUUUUUUUGGUCCCUUCCCUGCCCUGAGAUAGAACUUGUUAUGGCUCUCCGGGCAGAAAGUGGGUCAGUGUUAGAAAAAUAGAAAAGAUGAAAACACCGAGUGACCACGGUGAAUCACAUCGGUCCCCUUUGAGGAUAUCAUAUCAAUUAUUCAACGAGUAUGUUGAAAUGAAACGUGAUAAUAUUAAUUUAAUCAUUACAGGGCGAGGACACACCAAAUAAUGACAAAUCAGGGAAAAAACUGGGGCCAAAGGGUCCAAUUUUCCUUCAAAGAAGGACUGCAAAUAAAUAAUAAUAAUAAAAUAAAUGAACGCGUCAUUGGAUAACCAUGAAGUUCUCCUGAGGGACUGUGUGCGCUCCCAAGGAGAUGAAUAAAAAUGAUCUCCGCAACAUUAAUUCAGCGAUCCAAACGUGUAACCGUGUAGUUACGCUUGGCUAGCUGCGUGGCGGCUAAAUUAGCAAACAUUUCAAGUAAAAAGCGCAUAAACUCUUUGGGGAAAUUGUCAUUCAACAUGUUUCUUUUCUCUCCCGCCUAUCUGAGGUGAUCUACAUAUUCAUAUCCAAUAAACACGCUUACUGACAUGAAUUUACAAUGGCAAUGUUUGGAAGGGAUGGAGUGGAAAUGGAAUGACGGCACACCAACACAGCCGCCUACUUAAAGCAACAGUAAGGAAUAACUGGGUUCUCUUGUUUUCCGCUCCGUGGUUCCCCCUACAGGUGUGAAGUAUCAUCUACUUGUAAUGUCACUGUCUGCAAACUGUGUUUUGCUUUUUAUUUGGCUUUUUUGUGGGCAAAUGUGAUCAUAACCAUAGAACAGGAACUGGAACGUAUGGCUAAAUGACUAACAAUAUGGCUAAAUUGACAAUGUAUGACAGCGUAGCACAAUGCAUGAAGUCACCUGCCUCCAACAAAGCCUACCUCUUCACUUGAACUCAGGUCACAUGUCUACAAACAGUGAGUAACUUGAUGUUAUGUUAGUCGUAUUCAUUUACGUCCAUAAACCUCCUUUUCGCAUGUGUGACAGUUAAAAAGGCUCACUGCCUUCAGCAAGCAUCCCUAUGCACCUAAAUGCCACAUCUCUGUCACUUCCCUUCGAAAGCUGAGUCAUUUUACUUGAAUGUGGUUUUGUGAUACGUUGGUUUAUUUUAUUUUCUGCACUUUUAUGACAGUUAAAAGGGCUAAAAGGGUAAUACACAAAGUCAGCAAGCUUUCCUCUCCACUGGAGUUCUAUGCCUCUGGCACUUGUCAUCAAAUGGUGAGUCGUUUCAUUUUAUUUCGCUUUUUAUUCUGCUGCUGUUACCUUCUUUUUACACUCGUACGUCAGUCAGUAAGAUUCCAAAGUGAUAUGCACCAAGUCAGCCGUCUUCAACAAGCGUGCUACACCUCCGUCACUUCUCAUCAACGGGUGGGUGAUUUUAGGAUAUUGUAUUUUUUUUAUUAUUCAUUGGUUAACUUCUUUUUACACCCGUGCGACAGUCGAGAAGUUUAAAAAAUGCGAGGCAUGAAGUCAACUGCCUCCUUUUGUGCUUAAAUGCUGCACCCGCGUCACUCGUCAUUAAAGGGUGAGUCAUUUUAUUAUUAUUAUUAUUAACAGUGGUUCUCUUCUUUUUACACUUUUAUGACAGUUCAAAAGAUGAAAAAAUGAUUCUGCUUCAACCUCCUUCUCCAUUAAAACUCUACUAAACUACUACUUGUACUACUGUGACAGAAUUGUACAUUUCGGCUGCGUUCACUUUAGUUGGACUGGUGCUGAGGCACAAUCAGUGUCCCGGGCCAGGCUCGGGGUGUCUGCCAGGCCGCUGCUGUGUGUGUGUGUGUGUGUGUGUGUGUGUGUGUGUGUGUGUGUCGAGGGGGCGACUGCAACAUUUCCAUGUGGUCUCUGGGGAAUCACACAGCAAUUGCGCUCAGCUAAAUGCACUCACAUAUGAAUAUUUCAGUACAAUUUAAUGUUGCAGCUACAGCCCCACUGGAGCAGAGCAUCAAUUUGUGAACACAGUUCUCUUGGAGUUAAAAGCCAGGCCAGAUAAUACGCUGUGAAAGCCACUGCCAAUCUAAAGGGACACACACACACAAGAAGAAAGAAAGCACUUCACUUUGCCUGCAGAAUUCAAACUGCUUUUCUAAGAUUUUGUGGCAGCGGGUGGCUGUUAUUUAAAAAAGGGGGGAAAAAUGGUCAAUGUGCCAAGCUUGGCCGGUUCUCCUCGAGUUCUCUGGCUGCUUGCCAUUUGGUCUCCACACACACACACACACACACACACACACACACACGCACGCACGCACGGGCACACAGCUGGUGGAGGGAGCAGGUCCGGCAGCGGCAGCAGCGGUGGUGCACCUGCUGUCCUGUUAAUAAAACACCCCAAAGUGAUGCUGAAACGUCUUCUUUCACACAGGCAAGCUCCCCUCAGGUGUGAGAACAUGAGUGUUGUACAAAAGACACACAAUGUGACACGAACUAAACACACCACCAGAGAGACCGCCGCUCUUCUUGUAGUCCUAUUCUUGCUAGCCACGGCCAGCUUGGACUUAUGUUAGGAAGGAUUCUCUACGUGAGCGUCUGAAAUCCCCACAGUCACUCAUGUGUUUAUUUACUCAACUACAGAGAGUGCCAGGCGCCUAUUUGGGUUGGAUUAUACUUUCCCCUUGCCACUUUGCAGUUUGAACAUUGCUCCCUCACCCUAUCGCGCCUUUUAAAAAAAUGUAUCCAUGAAUAAAUGAUGGCUGUUCCAUGAUUGACUAUGGCUUAUUACGUUUUAGUCAAAAACAUUGAAAGACAUCAAGUCAUAUGGAGUAUUCUACACUGGUCACUAGGUGUCUGGAACGUUACCUUGGUGAGACAUUACCUUGCAUUACAUUACCUUAACUUGCACUGCAUGGAUGCAGGGUCCAACAUGACAUAGUGGAAAUAAAGUUAUCCUCCCAUUCCCUGUGGAAGUGGUAAGUUUUUGCUUUCUUACUUUGUCCUUCUUCCCCACCCCGUUUCAGACUGUCUCUUGCAUUUACAAUGAAUAAAUUAGAGAGGCUAACUAGUUAGCUCGAUAGCUUGCUAUGGUUAAAGUGGCGGACGUCUGUUGUGUCCCUACAGAGAUUCCAUAGCCUGCUCGUAAGAGUUGCGCGUUGUGGCGUAAGCAAAAAAUAAUAGGCGUGUAAAGGUGACU